AUGGCUAGCCUCACGGAUUUUGUCGACUUGUCCCAACAGACCCUCCAGUGGUCUGCGUUGUCCAUUGCCUUCAAUCCCAUCUUCUGGAAUAUCGUCGCUCGUGCCGAGUAUCGGACUCACUUCCUGACUCGUAUAUUCGGCGGUAAUCCCUACUACGGCUGCUACUUCCUCGCCGUCACCAUCUUCACUCUGGGAAUCGUGCGCGACCACCUCUAUCAACAGGCCUUGGAGCUCCAGCCCUUCUAUGCCCCUGUGCACCAACCGAUUCUGGGCGGCGCCCUCAUCGCCGUCGGCUCCGUCUUAGUCGUUUCCAGCAUGUGGGCCCUAGGAGUCACCGGAACCUACCUCGGCGAUUAUUUCGGUAUCCUCAUGGACGCCCCCGUCACCGGGUUCCCGUUCAACGUGACCGGCUCCCCGAUGUACUGGGGAAGCACUCUGAACUUCCUGGGGGUCGCCCUGUACACCGGAAAGGUCGCCGGUAUCUUCCUCACCGCAGAGGUCUUCAUCCUCUACUGGUUUGCUCUCCGCUGGGAGGAUCCUUUCACUGCCGAGAUCUACGCUAAGCGCGAGCGUGAGCGCGCGAAGUCAAAAAAAGGCGGCAAGAGACAGUAA